CACUGUGGGGGGGAUUAUGAUGUUAGCACUGACAUGGCGUCGCUCAGCGUCCAGAAGUAGUCGCAUCGAGCCCGCACGCUUUUUAGCUGCGGUUGUCUCAGGAGCGGACUGUUCGCAUUUGAGCACAAGGGGCAACAGAAGAAGGUGUUUAGGGCUAAUUAACCCACCACCACCACAAGGCGACAAACCUCGUAUCCUCCAUCCGCAGCCAGCCUGGUCCCUCAGCUCCUCUUUCUCCAUGAGCAUGGCUUCAGGGGGUGAAGGUCCAUCAUCCACUCCCCACAAACACACCAACAGGUUAGCCAACGAGAGGUCGCCCUACCUGCUCCAACAUGCACACAAUCCCGUUGACUGGUAUCCAUGGGGACAAGAUGCGUUUAACAAAGCCAAGAAUGAAGACAAACCUAUAUUUUUAUCAGUGGGCUACUCGACGUGCCACUGGUGUCACGUUAUGGAGAGGGAGUCCUUCGAGGAUGAGGAAAUUGGAAAAAUCCUUAGCGACAACUUUGUCUGCGUCAAAGUAGACCGAGAGGAGAGACCAGACGUGGACAAGGUCUACAUGACCUUUGUACAGGCAACACAUGGAGGUGGAGGGUGGCCCAUGAGUGUGUGGUUGACCCCUGAACUGAAACCUUUCAUUGGAGGCACCUACUUCUCUCCUAGAGACCAUAGAGGACGACCUGGACUCAAGACAGUCCUCAACAGAAUCACUGAACAGUGGCAGAAUAAUCGUCCUGCUUUGGAGUCCAGUGGGGAGAAGAUCCUGGAAGCUCUGAAGAAGGGCACGGCCGUCGCUGCAAAUCCUGGAGAGAGUCUGCCACUUGCCCCAGAUGUUGCCAACCACUGCUUUCAGCAGUUGGUCCAGUCCUACGAGGAGGAGUACGGAGGCUUCAAAGUCGCCCCCAAGUUCCCCACACCAGUAAAUCUGAUGUUCCUCAUGUCGUACUGGUCCGUGAAUCGCUCCACCUCGGAGGGCGUGGAGGCUCUGCAGAUGGCCUUGCACACGCUCCGCAUGAUGGCUCUGGGAGGCAUCCAUGACCACGUGGCACAGGGAUUUCAUCGUUACUCCACCGAUUCCUCGUGGCACGUUCCACACUUUGAAAAAAUGCUGUAUGACCAAGCUCAGCUGGCCGUAGCCUACAUCACUGCCUCCCAGGUGUCGGGAGAGCCGCUCUUUGCCGAUGUGGCGAAGGACAUCCUCCUCUACGUCUCCAGGGACCUGAGCCACGAGUCCGGGGGCUUUUACAGUGCGGAGGAUGCAGACUCUGUCCCGGCAUCUGGUGGACCAAACAAGCGAGAGGGCGCGUUCUGCGUCUGGACAGCUUCUGAAGUCCGGGAACUUUUGCCAGAUGUGGUGGAGGGCGCCACUGCAGCUGCCACCCAGGCAGACAUCGUCAUGCACCACUAUGGGGUCAAGGAGCUGGGCAAUGUCGCUCCAGAGCAGGACCCUCACGGGGAGCUGCAAGGCCAGAAUGUGCUGAUCGUGCGCUAUUCCGUGGAGCUAACAGCUGCUCGCUUUGGCAUCGGCGUGGAGAAGGUGAACGAGGUCCUGGCCUCGGCGAGAGCCAAACUGGCAGAAGUGAGGGAGAGCCGGCCACGCCCACAUCUGGACACGAAGAUGUUGGCGUCCUGGAACGGCCUGAUGCUUUCUGCCUAUGCCCGUGUUGGAGCUGUGCUGGGGGACAAUUCUCUGCUAGAAAGGGCCGUGCAAGCUGGUAACUUCCUGAAAGAGCACCUGUGGGACGCUGAGCGAGAGACCGUCCUCCGGUCCUGUUACCGUGGAGACCAGAUGGAGGUGCAACAGAUCUCUCCACCCAUCUCUGGCUUCCUGGACGACUACGCUUUCAUCAUCUCGGGCUUGUUGGACCUGUACGAGGCCACGCUGCAGUCGGAGUGGCUGCAGUGGGCCGAGGAGCUGCAGCUCCGGCAGGACGCACUGUUCUGGGACCAACAGGGCGGAGGCUACUUCUGCAGUGACCCCAGCGACGGCACUGUGCUGCUGCAACUCAAAGAGGAUCAAGACGGAGCAGAGCCCAGCGCUAACUCUGUGUCGGCGUCCAAUCUCCUGCGUCUGUCCCACUACACCGGAAGAGAGGAGUGGCUUCAGAAGUCCCAACGACUGCUGACGGCUUUCUCCGAACGUCUCACGAAAAUUCCAAUAGCCCUGCCCGAAAUGGUCCGGUCUCUCAUGGCGCAGCACUACACACUCAAACAGAUCGUGAUCUGCGGUCGGAGGGAUGCCUCGGACACCGCAAGCCUUCUCGCCGCAGUCAACUCCCUCUUCCUACCACAUAAGGUGUUGAUGCUGAAUGACAGCAGUGACGGUUUCCUGUCCCGGCGUCUGCCCGCCCUGUCCUCCAUGUCGCAGCAGAGCGGUGUCGCCGCCGCCUACGUCUGCCAGGAUUUCAGCUGCUCUCUGCCCGUCACUGACCCCGAAGAUCUGCGCCGGCUCCUGCUGGACGGGGUCGCGUGAAUGUGGACCAGAAGUACUUUUACAGACUUGAGACUUUUAACACUUGGAAAUCUAUCUGCAACUCGAGCCUGUCUGUGCGUUUGCCUGGAAAUCCAAAGCUACAUUAGUUGUUGAAGUCGCCAUGAGGUGACCUGAGCCAGACCUUUAACUCCAGCUUGUUUGUCAUGAGCAGCACCAGCUAAAUAUUACCUCGGACACCAACUGUUAUCUUUUAAUCUUUGCUGACCUUAUGAGACAGAUGGUCGAUGUAUUCAAGUGUACAAUAUUGUCCUUUUAAAGGAACACGCACAUCAGCAGUGGCAGCUUAAUGGAAGACGCUUCCGCACUUGUACAGAAAUGUCCUGACUUGACUGUUAGCCCAGAAGUAAACUGCAGACUCAGAGCGCUUGGAUGAACUGGACCGACACUAUUUUAGCUGUCUUGCCUCUGUCGUUCCUUUGUAGCUCCCGUGUCGCAGCCUCCACUUUCGUGUCACAUGGAUCUGACAGCAGACGCCCCGCAUGCCCCGGUUUGUGAGCGAGUGUACAAACGGAGGUUUGUUUGCAGGUUUGUACGAGUCCAAGUACACGCAGUAAAAUUGUACUUCCUCACAGAGAAGGAGCUUCACAUCCGCUCUUUACCUUAACGUUGAGGGUUAAGACACCGGGGCACAUCAUGUACACAAAUACGCACAACCCUGAGGGAUAAAGCUAAUUCUCUUAUCAAAUUUGAUGCUUCAAGGGUGGUUACUAUCUUGGAACAGGGUGUUACAAAAGGGCUCCAUGAACACAUCUUCAAAGCUGUGAUUUGUCUCUGAAACACUAUUUUUAUUUCUUUUAUUUCACUGACUCCUCUCCAUGUCUUUAUCGCUAUCAAUAAAGAAAGUUGAACUCGC